AUGAGAGAUCCAGUUUUCACGGGGACUGCAAUGGCUUAUCACCCUUUCCACGCUCACCGGCCGACCGACUUCCCCAUGUCCGCUUUUCUAGCGGCAGCGCAGCCUUCGUUCUUCCCGGCGCUUAGCCUCCCUCCUGGGAUUCUCACCAAGCCCAUGACGGACCACGGCCUCUCCGGGGCGGCGGAAGCUGCGCUCCACCCGGCCCUCAGCCACCACCAGGCCGCUCAUCUCCGUAGCAUGAAGAGCCUGGAGCCCGAGGAGGAGGUGGACGACGACCCCAAAGUUACACUGGAAGCCAAGGAUCUUUGGGACCAGUUUCAUAAAGUCGGGACGGAGAUGGUUAUUACCAAGUCCGGGAGGAGGAUGUUCCCUCCAUUCAAAGUGCGAAUGAACGGACUCGAUAAAAAAGCCAAAUACAUCUUGCUGAUGGACAUCGUGGCGGCGGACGACUGCCGCUACAAGUUCCACAACUCCCGCUGGAUGGUGGCGGGCAAGGCCGAUCCGGAGAUGCCCAAGAGGAUGUACAUUCACCCGGACAGCCCGGCCACCGGCGAGCAGUGGAUGGCCAAGCCUGUUGCUUUCCAUAAACUCAAGCUGACCAACAACAUUUCAGACAAGCACGGAUUUGUCCAGACCAUCUUGAACUCCAUGCACAAGUACCAGCCGCGGUUCCACAUAGUGCGGGCCAACGACAUCCUGAAGCUCCCCUACAGCACCUUCAGGACCUACGUGUUCCCGGAGACGGAGUUCGUGGCAGUGACAGCGUAUCAGAACGACAAGAUAACGCAGCUGAAGAUUGACAACAACCCUUUCGCCAAAGGAUUCAGAGACACGGGGAACGGAAGGAGAGAGAAAAGGAAACAGCUAACCAUGCCGUCGCUCAGGAUGUAUGAAGACCAGUGCAAGGCGGACCGGGAUGGUGCAGAUUCGGACGCCUCGUCCAGUGACCCCCCCGGCCGGGACCCCGCGCACUCCCCGCUGGGAGCCGACAGCAGCCCGCUGAGGUUCAGCAGGCCCAGCCGAGAUGAUAAAACAUGCACUGACAGCGAGCAGGAGCUGGAUCCUCACGACGAGCGCUGCACUGGCUCCAACAGCCCGGGCCCUGAACCUGUGUCCCCCUACAGCUCCAGGUGUGAGGAGCGCAUCAGGGACAGGCCGAGCACAGAAAAGAAGGACGACUCCCUAUUCAGGAUAAGGAACCUUGAGAAGGACAAAGCGGAGAGCAGGCACAAGAAGGACACCACAGACGUGUUGACAAAGGACUCAGAGUCCGGAGGCAUUAGUGCCACUAAGGAGUCCUUCUCUCCUCUCAUGGUCCAGACCGAGAGCCCCUCGCACUUCAGCCCGGCCCACUUACAAAGCCUGGCUAUGUCUGGCCUGCACAGUCAGCAGUUUUUUAACCCUCUGGGCGCCGGAUCACCGUUGUUUUUCCACCCCGGGCAGUUCGCCAUGGCCCCCGGAGCCUUUUCUGCCAUGGGCAUGGGGCAUCUAUUGGCCUCUGUAUCCGGAGCAAGUGGUUUGGAAAACGUCCAGGGUUCAGGAGGAACCCCCAACCCCUUCCCCUUCCAUCUGUCCCAGCACAUGCUCGCCUCUCAGGGUAUCCCCAUGCCUCCGUUUGGCGGUCUGUUCCCGUACCCCUACACCUACAUGGCGGCAGCUGCAGCAGCGGCCUCUGCCUCCGCCACCAGCACCUCCCUCUCCAGGAACCCCUUCCUGACUGCGUCACGUCCCCGACUCCGCUUCAACCCUUACCAGCUCCCAGUGUCGCUGCCUCAGAGCUCCAGUUUGCUCACCACCAGCCUGCAGGGCUGCCUCAACCCAGGGUCCGAAUCCUCCAAACCGGGCAGCAGGGAGACCAGCCCGGCCCCGGAGCUCCACAGCAACCACAAGAAAGGAGGGUCCAGUGUGAGGGCCGCAUCUCCUAAAACUUCAGUGAAGGACUCAGUGAAUGAGCUGCAAAGCAUCCAGAGACUGGUGAGCGGCCUGGAGGGCCAGCGGGAGCCCUCCCCCAGGGCAGACUCUCCCAAGUGAUGAAGACUCUGUUCAGGAUGAAGACUUGGCUUGAAUACUAGAGGACUAUAAGUGCAAAUGUCCUGUACAGCACAUUAAGGAGACUGGGAUGAGGCUCGAUCGAUAUGGGUUGCUGAAGGCCGAUAACUGUUAUUUCAUGGAACAAAGCUGAGGAUCGACAGAAACUUAGUCCAUAUUAUUCAAUUUAACUUAAAAUCCUAUACAAGUAUUAACCCCGAGCCAGAUAACCUUUCAUCUAUCAUUAAGGUGUAAUGAUUAUAGUUUAAAAACUAUAAAACCAAACAUUUAAAAGCUCCCCCCUGAAGCCCAGUGUUUGUAGAUUAGUCCUUCUUGGAGGCAGGUAUACUGGCAAACAUUCCUAAAUUGAUAUCUUUAAAAUAUAAAAAAAACUAACAUUGAAGAUGAAUGUGAAACUGAAGAAAUAUACACUUAAAUUAUGGUUAAUUUUAAAUAACUGACCAUUCAGCUCAUGGACAUGCCAUCGAUGAGUUCCACUAAGUUCCAACUCUAUCAUAUCCAUAAUAUCAGACCAGUAUCGGCCCCAUAUAUCGGUCUCCACACACGGAUCGACGCACAGGGAGAGUGUGUGUUGGAUUAGGCAACUUGAAGCGUUGAGCAUCCAGGCUUGGUUUUUUUCAAAUACCGAGCCGAGCCCUGAACGCCUCAUCCCGCCGACAGGCAGGUCUCAAGCUGCAUCCAAAAACUUAUCUUUUUUUUCCAGGCCUGAUAUUUCAAAAGGCUUGGAAGGUGAACUGCGAGAGGGAGAAAGAGAGAACCGCUUAUCAUUUCAUGCCCGAAAAAUUGCUUCUGAACUAUUUAUGUAAUUAAAGAUAAAAGAUUCUGUAAAUAAAGCUAAGAUCCAAGAAUA